GAUGUACAUGCUUGGUGCUGCGGCGGUGUGGAUGCUGAUGAUUGGCGUCCGGCAGCGGCGCAAGAACCUGAGCAAGUACCGGCGCGAGCCGGACAAGUGGCUCGGACUUGGGUUGGACCAGUAUGUGCUGCGGAACCACAUGGUGUUUGGCAUUGUGGUGAGCGGAAAGGAUGAUGUGUUUGGGCGUGUGGCGCGGGUCAUCAACCUCAGCCUCCAUCUCGCGAUGAUGUUCCUGGUCACCGCGUGCCUGCAGAUGCUCAAGCCCGAGUCGUUUGCGUCAGAAUCUGAAGCUGUCUCGCUGGAGCGGCUGCUGGACAUGGUGUUCAUCAACGUGGUUACGCUGCUCAUGUCUAUUGUGCUCGGAGUGCCGAUGGUGCGGUGGGCGCUGAAGCGUGGGCAGAGCGCAAUUGCUGUGGCGCUCAACGCGGCGCUGGCUGCUCUUGGGGUGAUUGUGGUCACGCUUCCACUGUAUGUGCCCGGCUUUGAGCUCAAUCUUGGAGCGCUGGGUUUGUGCUGGGCCUUGGUCUGGCAACUUCUUGGCUGCUGAUGGAUCCGAUCAAGGUCAUUGCGAUGUACGUGGUCCUUGGAUACCGGGCCAUCGAGGUGAGGCGCGGCGGCAACGGCGGGUCGACGGCGCUGGCCGCCGUGGCGCCAGGCGCCUAUGUGGCGGACAAGGCGACAAAACCGUUGCCCGGGUCUUCAGGCUCCGUAUCGGGCUCGGGCUCGUCGACGGCGUCUACGAAUGUCCACGGCGACGAAGAGGCCGGCACCGUUGGUGGCCCGAGUGAAGGAAGCGACGACAAGCCUGGCAAGGAGGAGUCUGGUGAGUUUAGCUGCGGAUCGAGCAGCAAGGAGGAGGCGCGGCGGAAGCCGCGGCGCGGGUCAGCGCCUCGUCUGGAGGGCCGGCGGAAGAAGUAAACGAGAAGGAGCUAC